AUGAAGUUCUCCCUGGGUUUGCUAGUGCUCUUUCUGGGCGCCGCCCUUGUGGCCGCCAAUCAGGAUUACGAGGGUUACCGCAUUUAUGAGGUGAUUCCUUCAAAUGCAGACCAGGCUAAAUUGUUGUACCAGCUCAGUUUGGAGGGAUUUGAUUUCAUCAGUGAGAGCCGUCUGUUGGGACAUCCCUCUCGGGUGAUUGUGAGUCCCGACCAGUUGGAGCAGUUCCAGCAGUUGGUUGAGGGAGAGAAGAUCACCAAUAGUCUGGUGAACUCAAACCUGGGAGCUUCCAUUGCCGAGGAGUUUGCCCAGCGGCAGAUGCAGCGACUUUUGGCCCCCAUCACGGGCAAGGGUCGCCUGAGCACGGAGCGCUAUUACAGCCACGAGGAGAUCAUCAACUAUAUCGAUGACCUGGCCCAGCGUUUCCCCAGUCGUGUGUAUGUAAGGACCGUGGGUUGGUCCUACGAGCACCGAGUUCUGAAGACCAUCACCGUCACAAAUGGCGAUGGCAAGGCCGGCAAGAAACUGAUCUUCUUGGAUGGCGGUUUCCAUGCCAGGGAGUGGAUUUCCCCAGCGGCUGUUCUGUACGUCAUCGAUCAGUUGGUGGAACAGUUCGAGGAGAAUGCCUAUCUGCUGAAGGAUUACGACUGGGUUAUUCUGCCUUUGGUCAAUGCCGAUGGUUACGAGCACACCCAGACCGGAACUCUGGCCCGCAUGUGGCGCAAGACCCGUCAGCCCUAUCAGUACGCCGGACAGACCUGCUAUGGAGCCGAUCCCAACCGGAACUUUGACUUCCACUGGAACGAGGAGGGAGCUUCCUCGAACCCCUGCGCUGAUACCUAUGCCGGCCCAACGGCCUUCUCCGAACCAGAGACUAUUGUAGUCCGGGAUCUGAUGCACUCACUGGCGGACAGGGGUGUCAUGUACCUCACCAUCCACUCCUACGGCAACUAUCUGUUGUAUCCAUGGGGAUGGACUUCCGAUCUGCCCGACAACUGGGAGGAUCUGGAUGCUGUGGCUCGCACUGGAGCUGAGGCAAUUAAGAACGCCACUGGAACGGAGUACACCUACGGAUCCUCCACCAAUGUCCUGUACAUUGCUGCUGGUGCCAGUGAUGACUAUGGCUACUAUGCCGGUUUCAAUGUGUCCAUCACCAUGGAAUUGCCAGGAGCUGGCAGCAUUGGAUUCAAUCCUCCAGUCACCCGCAUCGAUGAGUUCGUCACCGAAACCUGGAUUGGUAUCCGCGCCAUGGCUGAGAAACUGAUCGAGAUGUACUAAAAUAAAUAUAAAUAGUUUCCAAUAAAUCACCAUUUGUAUUA